AUGGCACCGGAAAGAAAUCCGACAGAGACCUCCCCGUUGCUCGGAGAACAGAGCAAUGCUCUCCCCCCCUCAACGGGGGCUAUUCCCAGAGUCCAAGGCGAGGAGGGCGUUCGUUCGGAGCAACAGACUGGAGGAGAUGAAGAUCCACAGGUCAAGCAUGUUGCUCUCCGGUACAUCGUCCCGGCAGUCUCGAUAGGUAUCUUCCUAUCUGCAGCAGACCAAACUAUCAUUAUGGCUAGUUAUGGCCAAAUUGGAAGUGAUCUGAAAGCCCUCAAUUUGACCAGUUGGAUAGCCACUUCGUACUUCCUGACACUCACGUCAUUUCAACCCCUGUAUGGCAAAUUGAGUGAUAUUUUCGGCCGAAAGCAAUGUCUCUUAUUCGCAUAUGCGGUUUUUGGGACAGGGUGCUUGUUCUGUGGCUUAGCGCAGAAUAUCAAGCAUCUCAUUGCUGCGCGUGUCUUCCAAGGUAUUGGAGGAGGUGGUAUGACUACCGUUGUUAGUAUUCUUAUGAGUGACCUUGUUCCUCUACGUGAGCGAGGAGUAUGGCAGGGUAUCAUCAAUAUCGUCUAUGCUACCGGUGCAGGUAUUGGCGCACCAUUGGGUGGUAUCUUGGCUGAUUUUAUCGGCUGGCGUUGGGCUUUCAUCGCGCAAGCGCCGCUCUGCAUUAUGGCAUUUACAGCUGUGUCAUUAAUGUUGAACUUACCAGUGCAAGAAGACACCCAUUGGAAAGCUAAGCUCCGCCGUGUUGAUUUCGCUGGAGCGAUUGUCCUUGUGGGGGCCGUGCUCGGCUUCCUCCUUGGCCUCGACCGGGGAAGUAAUGUGUCAUGGACCAUGCCAUUAACGAUUGUGUCUUUGUCGGUCUCUGUAGUGCUGUUCAUACUCUUUGUUAUCAUUGAGGUAUACUUCGCAGCAGAACCUUUUGCUCCCGGAUACAUCAUCUUUGACCGAACAUUUUUCGCCAAUUAUGGAUGCAACUUCGCCAGCUUUGGCAGCUGGCUUGCGGCACUCUUUUACAUCCCUUUGUAUUUCCAAGCGGUUGAUGGUGUCUCUGCCACUGUGUCUGGACUGCGACUCCUCCCGAGUAUUUGUACCGGUGUUUUCGGUUCUCUUUUCGCUGGAUUUGUCAUGAAAUGGACCGGAAGGUACUACUGGCUAACUGUUGGGGGUUAUACCUCGCUUACACUCGGAAUCACUGGGGUCUUCCUUUUCUCCGGCGGUGCAGUGCCUAGCACUGCUGGUAUGAUCAUGUCUAUGGUCAUGUCUGCUUUUGGAAACGGUAUCGGCGUCACGACGACGUUGAUUGGAUUAAUCUCAAACGCCAGUCCCGAAGAUCAAGCAGUGGUGACUGCCUGCUCAUAUCUCUUCCGCUCGCUAGGAUCAGUGAUAGGACUCUCUCUGUCCUCGACCGUUGUCCAGCAACUUCUCCGAAUGCGACUGAGGUCCGCGCUGCACGACAGCAAGGACAUCGAUAAGAUCGUAGACGGAGUGCGACAGAGCCUUGACUACAUCAAAAUCCUCGAUCCGGCAGUCUCCAGGAUUGUUCGCGGCUCUUACGGCUGGGCAACCAACAAAGGGUUCGCGUUUAUGAUUGGCAUUGUAAUACUUGCUCUUGUGAGCAGCUUUUUCAUUCGGGAGAAGAGACUUAACCGCUGA